AUGGCUACACAAUCCACGCCUAGCGCUGGUGACAGCCUUCGGCUCACCAACCGUCUCAAUGAGAGCCGCUCGCCGUACGUACGCGGGCACAUGAACAAUCCAGUCGCAUGGCAGCAGUGGGGACCAGAAGCGCUCGAGCUGGCAAGAAAGUCCAACCGCCUCAUCUUCAUUAGCAUAGGCUAUGCCGCCUGCCAUUGGUGCCAUGUCAUGGAACGCGAGUCUUUCGAGAACAACGAGGUCGCCCAGCUGCUCAACGACAACUUCAUUCCCAUCAAGAUUGACCGCGAAGAGCGCCCAGACGUCGACCGUAUAUACAUGAACUAUGUCCAGGCGACGACUGGUAGCGGCGGUUGGCCGUUGAAUGCCUUCAUCACUCCAGACCUGCAGCCUAUCUUUGGCGGAACAUAUUGGCCGGGGCCUGGAUCCACGAUGGGAGGCGAUCAUAUUGGCUUCGUUGGCAUCUUGGAAAAGAUUAGGGAUGUGUGGCAGAACCAGCGUCAGCGAUGUCUCGACUCAGCGAAAGAGAUCACCACCCAGCUUAGAGAAUUCACAGAGGAUGGCAACAUUAGUAGGAAGGACGGCGCGGACCACGAGACGCUCGAUCUUGACUUGCUCGAAGAAGCCUACCAAUACUUUCAGAACAAGUACGAUACAGAAUGCGCCGGAUUUGGAAGCGCGCCCAAGUUCCCAACGCCGUCGAAUCUCGCUUUCCUGUUGAAGCUUUCGCAGUACCCACGCGCUGUUGCUGAUGUCGUUGGAGUGAAGGAGUGCACACAAGCAAAAGACAUGGUCUUGGCCACGCUGGAUGCCAUGAACAAGGGCGGUAUUCAUGAUCAGAUUGGCAACGGUUUUGCACGCUAUUCAGUUACGAGAGACUGGAGCUUGCCUCAUUUCGAGAAGAUGCUAUACGACCAGGCGCAGCUUCUGCCCGUAUAUCUUGAUGCCUAUCUCAUGACCAAGAGUUCUGAGCAUCUCUCAGCCGUUCACGAUAUCGCUACAUACCUCACAUCGCCACCACUGCACUCGCAGUCUGGCGGGUUUUUCUCUUCCGAGGAUGCUGAUUCCCUUUACCGACCCUCGGACAAGGAGAAGCGUGAGGGUGCGUUCUACGUAUGGACGCUGAACGAAUUUCAGGAUAUACUGGGCGAGCGCAAUGCUGAAAUUCUAGCGCGUUACUACAAUGUCAAGGACGAGGGGAAUGUUGCGCCUGAACACGAUGCACACGACGAGCUUAUCAAUCAGAACGUGCUCGAAGUCACUAUGACUCCAGAAGAAUUGGCGAAGCAGUUUGCUCUGUCAGAAGAGGAGGUAGGGCAGAUAUUGUCAGAAGGCCGACAGAAGUUGCGAGAUCACCGUGAACAGGAGCGCCCACGGCCAGCUCUCGAUGACAAGAUUGUUGUGUCUUGGAACGGCCUUGCUAUUGGGGCUUUGGCACGCACAUCUGCCGCACUCUCUUCGUCGGACGCUUCACGAUCGCAACGCUACCUCGCCGCUGCCGAACAAGCAGCUGCCUUCAUCCGCCGCGAACUUUACAACUCUUCCUCCAAGACUCUGACGCGCGUCUACCGCGAAGGUCCAGGUGAAGCACCCGGGUUUGCCGAUGACUACGCGUAUCUCAUCUCUGGUCUCGUUUCUCUCUAUGAAGCGACUUUUGACGAGUCAUACCUGCAAUGGGCCGAUGAUCUACAGCAGACACAAAUCAAGCUCUUCUGGGACAAGGAGUACCUCGGCUUCUUUUCCACUUCAGAAAACCAACAAGACUUGCUUAUGCGAUUGAAGGACGGCAUGGACAAUGCCGAGCCAGGUACCAACGGCGUGAGCGCGCAGAAUCUGGACAGAUUGGGUGCCUUGCUUGAAGAUGAGAGUUACGUCAAGCUCGCUCGAGAGACAGCGAGCGCGUUCGAGGCAGAGGCAAUGCAGCAUCCCUUCCUGUUCCCAAGCUUGAUGGACACAGUGGUGGCUGCAAAAUUGGGUGUCAGACACGUUGUGAUUACAGGCGAAGGCCAAAGGGUCGAGGAAUGGCUAAGGAGGUACCGCGAACGACCUGCUGGCUUGAGCACGAUUAGUAGGGUGCGAACACAGGGUGGAGAGUGGUUGAAGCAAAGAAACCAGCUGGUCAGGAGCAUGGCCGCCGACAGAGAGGGUGUCAUGCUCUGUGAAAACGGCAGCUGCAGGGAUGAGCUAGGAAUGGAUUUGGGCAGUGUCAGUGAGGCAGUACCCGAGUUGAGGUGA